AUGGUUAACAGUGGAUUUGUGCUGGCACGUGAAGGAGGCCAAGGGACUACCAAGCCAGAGGCGCAAUUUCUACCACAGAAGGACUGGAACGGGACGCUUCUGGACCAGUGGAUUUUCACUUAUACGAAGCCUGGCAAGGCGCGCAAGUUCAUAUUCCAUUGCUCCCUUCAGGCGCGCACCAAGCGCAUGCUUAUCCACUGCUCCGAGGAGAAUUAUGUCAACAACAUUUGUGUGCUAGGUCUCCAGCUAGAAAACUACGUGCCCAACCCGGAGGCCCUCAAAUCCAACAGCUGGGCUCCGAUACCACUUAACCCCGGGCAGGAGCAGGCACCCACAUCCGGUGUCGUUCGCAAUGCCGCCAAGAUGGCCGAGCUCUUGCACCAGCAUAUCAUAGCGCCGCUGCUGCAGGCCGCAGAGGACGAGCAAGGCCCACCGCCGCGAACCCCAUCAUCACCAGAACGGCAAUGGCGGCUGGCUUCGGGGCGGGAUUCUACGUGGCUUCGGCAGCAGCAGCUGGCAGCAGUCUGA